GGAGCAGGGUUGGCACCUGUCCAGGCUUUCCUAGGAUCGCCCCUCUUUUGAGGCACCCACUGCCAGCUGCCCAGGGCCUGGGGCUAAGGCUCAUCCUGGGGUUUUGGUCCCCAGAGGUGGCAGCUGUAAGCCGGGGGGGGGCUCCUGCAUUUUGGGAGCCCCCUCCCACAGCUAGCGAACGGGAGGGGGGUGACGGAGGACCGAGGGGUCCCCUCUAGUCCAGCCCGUCUGGCCGGGCCUGCUGCCCCCCUUCUCCCUGCAGGCUCAGCCCGGCCCCCAUCCGUCCUCGCCCGGCCCGGCCCACCGGCCCCUCCCAUCCUGCCGGGGUUGCCUGCUGCAGCGCCCGGCCGCUGGCUUCUCUUCCUCCGGCCGCAGGUCUUGACACUUGUCACUGUGAUCUUUGCUGUGAGCUGAGUCCCUUGGCAAGUAUUCUGUAGCAUCCGACGAUGCUGUGUGAUCCAGACAAGCUGGGACUUUGAGCCUUCAGAAGAGAGUACUCAGUGGUUCAUCGCAUUAUCAUCUUCCUUUGAGGUAAGCUUUAGUGAGAAUGGGAGAUACAAGAGACGUUUGUCCUCACCUGGAUUCCAUAGGUGAGGUCACCAAGGAUGACCUGCUGCUCAAAUCCAAGGGAACUUGCCAGUCGUGCAGAGCCGGGGGACCAAACCUCUGGGCUUGCCUGCAGGUUGCUUGUCCUUAUGUUGGGUGUGGGGAAUCCUUUGCGGAUCAUAGCACCCUUCACGCACAGGCCAAAAAACACAACCUGACAGUGAACCUGACGACAUUCCGGGUGUGGUGUUAUGCCUGUGAAAAGGAGGUAUUCUUGGACCAGAGACUGGCAGCACAUGCUCCAUCCCCGUCAUCAAAGUUCAGUGAACAGGAGUCUCCAUUGCCUGCUCACCCGUUGAAGGCAGUUCCAAUUGCUGUGGCUGAUGAAGGGGAAUCGGAAUCAGAGGAGGAUGAUCUGAAACCAAGAGGCCUUACUGGAAUGAAAAACCUUGGGAACUCCUGCUACAUGAAUGCAGCGCUUCAGGCCCUCUCUAACUGCCCGCCUCUCACACAGUUUUUUCUGGAGUGUGGCGGGCUGGUACGUACUGACAAGAAGCCAGCAUUGUGCAAAAGUUACCAGAAACUGGUCUCUGAGGUUUGGCACAAGAAGCGCCCAAGCUAUGUGGUUCCAAGCAGCUUGUCUCAUGGAAUUAAACUGGUCAACCCCAUGUUCCGGGGCUAUGCACAGCAGGACACCCAAGAGUUUCUGCGAUGCCUGAUGGACCAGCUUCACGAAGAGCUAAAGGAACCAGUUGUUGCUGAGGCAAGAGACUCUGACUCCAGUGACACGGAUGACAAACGGGAAGGUGACCGUAGCCCCUCGGAGGAUGAGUUCCUCUCUUGUGAUUCGAGCAGUGACAGGGGUGAUAUGGAUGGACAAGGCAGGACAGGGGGCAUGAGCAGCUCCCUAGCAGAGGCAGAGUUGCUGAUCCAGGAUGAGGCCGGGAGAGGGAUCUCUGAGAAAGAGAGGCUGAAAGACAGGAAAUUCUCCUACAGCCACCGGCGGAGCAACUCGGAACAAGUUGAUGAGGAUGCAGACGUUGAUACCACCAUGAGUCCAAUUGACGGCAGAGCUUCUCCUGAAACCCUACCUCCCCCCUGCCCUGCCAGCCCAUGUAGGACACCAGAGCCAGACAACGACGCCUACGUGCGCUGCUCCUCGCGCCCCUGCAGCCCGAUUCACCAGGAGAUGCACUCCAAACUGUCUAGCAGCCCCCCUCGCUCCAGUCCGGUGCGCCUGGGACCCUCCUAUGUGCUGAAAAAAGCCCAGGUGCUGGCUUCCGGGAAGAAGAAGAAAGAGCUUCGUUAUCGCAGCGUUAUUUCUGACAUCUUUGAUGGCUCCAUUCUCAGCCUGGUGCAAUGCCUCACCUGCGACAGAGUAUCCACAACAGUGGAGACGUUCCAGGAUCUGUCGCUGCCGAUCCCUGGGAAGGAGGACUUGGCCAAGCUGCACUCCGCCAUUUACCAAAAUGUGCCUGCUAAGACGGGGGCCUGCGGGGACAACUAAACCUCGCAAGGCUGGAUUGCCUUCAUCAUGGAGUACAUCAGGAGGUUUGUGGUGUCCUGUAUCCCCAGUUGGUUUUGGGGUCCUGUGGUCACACUGGAGGACUGUCUUGCUGCCUUUUUUGCUGCCGAUGAGUUGAAAGGGGACAACAUGUACAGCUGUGAACGGUGUAAAAAACUGCGGAAUGGCGUGAAAUACUGCAAAGUUCUCCGGUUACCUGAGAUCCUGUGCAUCCACUUGAAACGGUUCCGGCACGAGGUCAUGUAUUCCUUCAAAAUCAACAGCCAUGUCUCCUUCCCACUGGAAGGACUGGACCUUCGUCCCUUCCUGGCCAAGGAAUGUGUCUCCCAGAUCACCACCUACGAUCUCUUGUCUGUCAUCUGCCAUCACGGCACAGCAGGCAGUGGGCACUACAUCGCGUACUGUCAGAACGUGAUCAAUGGCCAGUGGUACGAGUUUGACGAUCAGUAUGUCACUGAGGUCCAUGAGACAGUGGUUCAGAACGCAGAGGCCUAUGUCCUGUUCUACAGGAAGAGCAGCGAGGAGGCUGUGCGGGAGCGGCAGAAGGUCGUGUCCCUUGCCACCAUGAAGGAACCCACCUUGCUCCAGUUCUACAUCUCUCGAGAGUGGCUCAACAAAUUCAACACCUUUGCGGAGCCUGGUCCCAUUACCAACCACACGUUCCUGUGCGCACACGGAGGGAUCCCGCCCAAUAAAUACCAUUACAUUGAUGACCUGGUGGUGAUUCUGCCCCAGACUGUGUGGGAGUAUCUGUAUAACAGGUUUGGGGGAGGCCCUGCUGUGAACCAUCUGUAUGUGUGCUCGGUCUGCCAGGUGGAGAUCGAAGCCCUGGCCAAACGCAGGAGGAUUGAAAUUGACACCUUCAUUAAGCUGAACAAGGCAUUCCAGGCAGAGGAGUCUCCCAGUGUCAUCUACUGUAUCAGCAUGCAAUGGUUCCGUGAGUGGGAGGCUUUCGUCAAGGGGAAGGACAAUGAGCCUCCCGGACCAAUUGACAACAGCAGGAUUGCACUCGCAAAAGGAGGUGGACAUGUGCAAGUGAAGCAGGGCGCUGAUUAUGGGCAGAUUUCCGAGGAGACGUGGAUUUACUUGAACACGCUGUAUGGAGGAGGGCCGGAGAUCCCUGUACGCCAGAACAUCGCGCAGGUGCAGGAGCUGGAGAGCCUGCAUGGGGAACAGAAGAUAGAGGCCGAGACGCGGGCUGUGUGAGCCGCCUGGACCAAGUGGUGGAGGUAUGCCAUGGCUGGAAAAGCGGGGGCUCGUUGGACUGAAGAACAAGGGACGUAAUCCACCUCAGAGAAAUAGAGAGAUUUUCCUUCUGGGGGCGGAGGUGCCCCUGGGGGUGUAAGCUUGCUCCAUCGUCCUUGUAUAACAAUGUAAAACCUCAUGCAGACUCUAGGCUUGGCUAUAAGGAUGCUGCUGGUCAGAAGAACCUUACCGUAACCCAGCUCCUGCACAGCCCUCGUGCAUAAGGCUGUAGUGGGGAGACUGUCUCCAAACAAAACUUCAGUGGAAGAAGUUUGGCCUGAACCUCCCCCUGCUUUGGCUGCUCUCGGGAGUAGCCCAAGUCUGCCUUCGCCUAACUUGGAACUGCUUCGAAAGGCUCUGUGUGUUAAUGAUGGCGCUUUCACGCCCCAGUGCACUACCAUCGGUCCGGAACACAUUCUCAGCUCCUGGCUUCUUUCUUGGCCAGUGGCAGUAGCUGGAUCUCUGCUGUCCCAGUGGCAGGACAGUGCGGUCACGGCUCGUGGCCACGAUUGCUAAGGGAGCGCUUGCAGAAACUAGCAGCACCCGGUGUGUCGAUUCCCAUUUUGUAGCUAGGGACACAGCUUGUGCUGCUAAGCUACCAUUGGGAAGUGCUUAGACAGCUGUGGCUGAGAAGCACAAUGGAAGUGCACUGAGUUCUGUUCCCAGCAGGGUGGGUCUAACGCUAGGGAGAGUGACCCCAGGACUGCACAGCAGGCCAAGUACAGUAUUGCGCCUUCCCCCCUUUAGACUGAGCACAGAGGGUUUUGGAGAAAUGCUGUUAACUCUCAUCCUGCCCAUGUGCUACAUCCAAUAUGGAGUGGAGCUGUGUCUCCUUGAGCACUACAAAAUUCAUGUUUAACUUGUAAUCCUACAGACCUGUGGAGGCUCGUUUCUGGCUGGAUAAAGAGGUGGGGAUUGACCCCUUGGAGCGGGUGGUAGAGAGGCUGAGACUGAAAAACUGCCUUGCCAAUGUGAAAAGUUUGUUUUCAGCUGUGCUCUGCUUGGUAUGGCCACAGCGUAUGAGAGAGAGUUCCAAACAAAAUCCUCACAGCUCCUUAGAGGAAGGCAUUGAACUAAGCUAGUCCUAGUGCUGGAAAGAUCAUUACAUGAGGCUGUGCAGAGUAAACUGUAAGUGCCCCACAGCAGCAUUCUGGAAGCUGGCAGAUACUGCUUUACUGGUGAGAGAAGGGAGCAUGUCACAGCCUGAAAUAUUGAGGAGGAAAAUGCUUCUGCAGUUGAAGUAGUCACAAAACUGUAGCUACUUGACAAACUGUGGAGUACUGGGCUGUAAACGUGACACACAGAUAAAUGCACUGGGAGUUAAUCUUGGCAGAUUGGAAUGUGAAGUGCACCCCCGUAAUGCCAAAUAGUCUCAUCCUAUAGAAAACAAGGUCGUAUCUUCAGAGUUGGAUUAUUGGCUGGGGCUCGCAGUCCCUCUCCGCUCUAGCACCGUGUAAGGGUGGCUUUAUCAUCUUUGUGCUCUUUCAAGCAGGGGCUUGUUUCCUGGCAUCAAUCAGCAGAGCCUAAAACAGCUCUAAAUUUCACCAGCUGCCAGUGGCUCCAAGGAAUUGAUAAUGGCAGCUGGGGAUCUAGCACCCUGAAGAGAAGGCUGGGCCCCGUCCCUCCUGCUGAUGGUAGAUAUGGGGGUUGCAUAAUUACUGCUGUGUGUGACUGGAGAGCUCGACCCUGGGAUAAUCAUCCUUCCCAUGCGUUUGAGCAGCUCUGUGCUGGUGGCAUGGGGCGGAGCAGCUGCCUGGAUCAGGUCUACAAUAAGCAUUGUGCUACCGCCAGCCCCCUGCUCUUCAUAGUAGUAAACUUGAAUGGCUCACAGGUGUUAUUUUCACUUACAGUAGCACAAGCAAAACUGCUGAACUUGCUUGAGCCAGAAGUGUCCUAAUAACUGGAUCUAGCGUGUAGUUGGUAAAGGAAAAAAAACCAGCUUUUAAUUCUCCAACUCUCAGCCACCCUCCCAAAACUCAUAACCAGAAAACGAACUUUGUUCUGUAGUUGCUAACAGACAGUUUGUUACAUUCUAAAACAUGUAAUCAGCACGUCUUUCCCUUUCUCGUGAUUAGAUUGUGUCUAGACAAACAUCUCUAGUGUUGCACGAGCAAACCCGUAGGGUACUAAACACUUUCUACUCAUAAUAAAACUCAAAGCCACAUUGUGCAUCCACACUUGACUUUAGAAGUGAUAUGUGAUAAAAG